AUGGCAUGUUCAAAAUUAUUUUCUGGAGAUUUGCCGGAAUUGACAUACCAUAUUAUAAGAUAUUUAGGAAAUGACCUGAGGUGUCUUCAUUCAUGCGUUUUGGUUAACCGGUUUUGGUGUCGUCUCGCUAUUCCCAAACUUUGGGAGGAUCCUUUUUCCACCUCGUGGCGAGUCAACUUUUGUCAUCAUUUUCUUGAUAUUUACUUUUUGUUAUUGAGCGAAGAAGAUAAAACGAGGGAAAAGGAGUUUGGAAAAUACGAAAUCGAUCAUCGAAUGAAUUCAUUUUCAUUUAACCCAUUAUUCAAUUAUCCAAUUUAUAUUAAAACUUUGAAUACUUAUCAAUUAAAAUUACACGUUAUCAAUUGGUUGGCUUAUCUUGAACAAACUUCAAAUGAACCCUUUGUCAUUCAAAAUGAUAACCCUUACCCUUACCUUUCUUUAAUCAUGACACACGAUAAAUCAACGGCGAAUUUGGAUAUCAAGGAGAAAUCAUUGAAAUCAAGGGGGAUGAUAAGCGUCCUUUGCGUUUUAUUAUUCAAAUUAUUUAUCACGAACGGAGCUUCUUUAAACGAUUUAAAUAUAAACAUUUGUCGUAACGUUGAAUAUUACUUCAUCGAAGUAUAUACGCUAAUAUUGAAGAAUCCAAAUUUUGUCUCGGAUGUUGAAAAUUUUACCUUGAUAUUUCCAUAUACGGAUUUUCCAAUCAAUUCAUCAAGAGACGUCAUCCUUCGAUCCUUCUUAUCCUUAUUCACCUCAAUAAAGAAACAAACCCUUUCCUUGAAUUUCAUUGAUAACAUAUUACUCACGAAUAACCUAACGAAUUUAAUUCAAUCUCAAGCAAAUCUAUCAUCGCUUACAAUUACGGCAUCAAGUAUUUUCAUGACCGAUGCCUUCAGGCAUUGUUCAAAGACCUUGACUUUUUUAAAGUUCAAUUCGUGCUACUUUAUAGAUAAUUCGUCAUUUCAUGGGUUGAGACACCUCACGCAACUUAAAUCCCUUCACGUUAUUGAAUGUUUGAGAUUGAAUCAUGUCAUUCAACCUUUGCUCGACAUCCCUACCCCGUUGAAAAUCAACUCCUUGACGAUAUCUUGUAAAAUUACCACGAUCGUCCCGUUACAAUUGUUAUUUCAAAAGAUUGGUCCUUAUCUGGAACAUUUGGAGUUGGGUAUUUAUAAUAAUAUCAUGAGGGAAAAGGCGUUGGAAAGUGUUAUUGAACAUUGUGACAAAAUCAAAUUCCUUCAUUUGAGUAAUCUUAAUGUUAUUGAUAAUCCUCGAUUAUUUAAAUUAAUCACCAAUUCAAGUGAUCACCUUAAAUAUCUUACACUGGAAUAUAACAAUUUUAAUUUGGAUAAUAAGGCUGAUUCAUUAGAAGGUUUGGGUCAAUUAUUAACAGGAACUUUAGAAUACUUAAAUUUAAACCUCCAUUUUAACCCGGGCAGCCUGCGGACCUUCCUGAAUGGUUAUAGAGGUGGUAGAAUUAAGAAAUUGAUAAUCAGAAACAGAAACUAUAAUUCUACGCUUGAUACUUCAAACGCCCUAAAAGAUUUUGUUAAAACGAAGAAUCUAGAUUAUCUUUCUUAUAGAAUUGAGAAUGAAUAUUAUGAUGACAAUGUAAUUCAUGUUUUGGAAGAGCUGAUCAAGGAGAUUCUCAUCUACGUGAAGGUGAAGAAUUAUGAAGAUUUAAUUGUAAAAAUUACCGAUUUUGAUGCAUGA